UCGUUCCCUAUCCAAAAUAUCCUUUCCAUCCAAGGGAGGAAUCAAGACACAACCUCUAUAACAAUUCAAUCAACAAUCACCAAUCCUAUCGCAUCUACACAAAAACCUGGUUCUAAUAGAUUGAUCUUUAGAUUUGUAAGAAACCCAGCAGAGACAGAAGGAAGAGUGCCACUUUCCAAAUUAAGCUUUACAUAUGGAAACACAACCACCAAAACUAGGGGCCUCCCUGAUGGUGCCCUGUGUCCAAGAACUGGCUAAGGAGCAUCUCAUACAAGUUCCAUCAAGAUAUCUGCGCAGUACUGAUGAAGACCCUGCUCUCUUCUUAUCAAACGCCAAUUCUUCUUUGUUCCAAGUCCCUGUCAUAGACAUGCAAAAGUUGUCUUCCAAACAUCUCAAAGACUCGGAGUUGGAGAAAUUGCACCACGCUUGCAAAGAAUGGGGCUUCUUCCAGCUGAUCAAUCAUGGGGUGAGCACUGCGUUGGUGGAAAAUGUGAAGUUGGGGAUCCAAGAGUUCUUCAAUCUUCCAAUGGAAGAGAAGAAAAAGUUUUGGCAAAAACCAGAUGAUAUUGAGGGAUUUGGACAGGCUUUUGUUGUGUCUGAGGAGCAGAAGCUCGACUGGGGAGAUAUGUUCUACAUGCUCACCCUUCCAACUCAUUUGAGGAAACAUCACCUAUUCCCGAAUCUUCCUCUCCCACUCAGAGAAACCUUGGAAGCUUAUUCAUCAGAACUGAAAAUUCUUGCCAUGAAAAUGCUUGACCUUAUGGCAAAAGCUCUAAGGAUGGACCCCAAUGAUAUGAGAACUCUGUUUGAAGAAGGAUCUCAAGGGAUGAGGAUGAGCUAUUAUCCUCCAUGUCCACAGCCAGAGUGUGCCAUCGGCCUCAACUCUCACUCUGAUGCCAGCGGCGUCACCAUUCUGCUUCAAAUCAAUGAGGUGGAAGGUCUCCAAAUAAGGAAAGAUGGCACAUGGAUUCCUGUUGAACCCCUUCCAAAUGCUUUUGUCAUCAACAUUGGAGACGUUGUGGAGAUUGUUUCCAAUGGGAUUUACCGUAGCAUUGAGCAUCGUGCCACUGUUAACCAAGAGAAAGAAAGGCUUUCUGUUGCCACUUUCUACAAUCCAAAGCUGGAUGGAGAUCUGGGUCCAGCACCGAGUCUCAUCACUCCAGAAACUCCAGCACUGUUCAGGACAAUCGGAGUUGCAGACUACUUUAAGGGAUACUAUUCCCGCGAGCUUCGUGGAAAAUCUAAUGUCGAUGUCUACAGAGUUGAAAAUCUGAAAAAUGAUUCGAGCCCCGUCUCUUAAAGUGAACAUCCUGAAAGAGGUUGGAGUUAGGCUCUGCUUGCAAUACUCCUUAACGUGAAAAGUUAGGUUUUUAAUCUAGAGAAUAAGUGCUGAGAGAAUAAAUGCUAUGAGAAUAAGUGCUGUGCUAUAAU